AUGGACCUCCCAACCAUUGCCCAAGUGCCAGAACUCCCAGACGAAACAAGGAAUUUAUUAACAAAAGCGAAUCUUAAAAAUUACAUCGAUGUUGUAACACUCUCCGCAUCCGAUCUUGCCACUAAACUCCGCGUGCCACUCGAAAAGGCUCAGGCGGUACUCCAACAAAUUCACUCGGCGUUUACACCCGAAACUCAUGUAAUAAGGCUGAAAGAUGCUGGAGGAGAUCCUAGACAUGACUUACUGGGUUCUACAUUCACUACUGGUGACGAUGCUAUUGACAGCCUGCUCGGUGGAGGAUUUACUAUAGGACAAGUCCACGAAAUAACUGGCGAAGCUGCAAGUGGGAAAUCUCAGCUGGCUCUUCAACUCUCCCUGACCGUACAACUUCCCGAAUCCGAACACGGUCUGAAUGGAUCAUCCUUGUACUUGACCACCCUGAACCGUCUCAGCACAUCGCGUCUCCUCGAAAUGAUAAGCUCGCAUCCUGUGCUCUCUGCUCAUCAAUCAACAGUGUCUUUAGACAAUAUUGCAACACAGCAUGCACCCGAUGUCGAUAAACUCACUGUGCUUCUUACUACGCUCCUUCCUGUCCAUGUAAAGACAUGUCGAGAUCGCGGCUGUCCCCUGAGAUUACUCGUAAUCGACUCUAUGACCGCUUUGUUCCGCGAUAAACAGGCGAACCAACCUCAGACGUUGUAUGCUCGGUCGGAGUCGCUGAAUGCUGUAGGAGCACUGUUGCACCAAAUCGCAUCGACGCACGAAUGUGUUCGCCCCCACCCAACGGGAGGGAACGAAGACCCCGAGCUCAUCUAUAAAGAGCAGUCUCGUUGGUUUGCACGCGCCGGGGGAGUUGCUGGGGAAGAGAGGCACGAAGCAGCGCUGGGAAUGGUGUGGUCGAAUCAUUUGAACAGUAGAAUGAUGUUGGCGCGAACUGGGCGACGGCGACAUAUUGAGGGUUCUCGGGUGCGAAAGCAGGGGGAAGGUGAGGAUAGUGAGGCCGUGCUGAUACGCAGGGCGUUCAUACUAUUCGGACGAUCUGUGGAGGACGAAGUUCCCGCCCCAUCCUUGGAUUUUAUUAUUGGCACUCAAGGGAUUAUGAGCGUACAGUAG